UAAACUCAUUGACAUGGAAGUUCAUGUUGGCAUAUUUGACAACUAAGAUUUUUCAUUUUUUCCUACUUCAAAUGAGGUUCUAAAGGCGACCUGACAGGAUUCGAAGCAGAACAAGAGCAAGCAAUAGUGGAGAAUAGUAAAGUUCAUUGUAAGUUUCUCCACAAAGAAGAACCAAGAUAAUCAAAUAUUUGUUUUUCAGAAAAAUUAUAGUUCUAACAACCAAAUCUUCCUCUUAUUAUUAUAUGGUCUGUUGAAUAGAACAUUGUAGUCCCAAAAAAAAUUUAAAAAAUCCAACAAUAACAAUAACAAGCCUUUAUCCCAUUACGUGAGGUCGGAUGCAUGAAAUCUUUUUUUUUUUUUCAUUGUGUCAUGUUAAGAGUCAAAUUCUCUUCUAAAUCUAAUAAAGAAAGGUCAUUUCUAAUAUUUUCUAAUCAAAUCUUUUUAAGCAUGCCUCUAUCUUUCUUAAUAUUCAACCAAAAAGUUUAUUGUAAAAGCUGUUAACGAGACUUGACACAUGAAAAGUUGUUGUAUGCCUUCUUCAGAUAUUAUGUUAGCAAAUGUUGUGAUCGAUGUUAUUGUUAGUUUUGGUAUUCAAAUUUAUCAAUUUGUUUGGAGUUCUCAUGGAUGGUGGAUGAUCUAAGUACUAAUGGUAAAGGCUGGGUUGUGAUUUCAUUGUCAAUUUGGAGAUAUUGAAAGACUAAUUCCUCCUAUACGGUUCAAUCCCCAAAAUAAACUAUCUGUUUAUUAAUAGAAUGUGCUCCAGCGCACAAAUGCUUAAAUCAGGUGUUAAUAUUUGAUCUAGAUUUAAGUGUUUAGUUUAGGUUUUACUAUUUUGCUCCUCACGUUGUUUUAUUAUAAAUAGGGGUGGCUUAUAGGUGUUUGAUGGGGAAACUUGAAUAAAGCUGAGUUUUAUUUUCCUUCAAAACCUCUCUCCCUUCUCUCCCUCUCUCUAUCUCUCUUCCAAGAAGCUCAAGGAGAUUCUUCUUCCUCCCAAGAAUCCAACAAAUUGGUAUCAGAGCUAGAUGGUGGAGAAAGGUUCUUGUCCGAAGAAAUAAAGAGAGGAGGUGGCCAGCUGUCCUUAAUGCGCACUGGAGCAGAGUUAGGCACGGGGUUGGGCCAUGGAUGUGGGUAGACGAGGCAGAGCGACUUUUUACGGUGAUCGGGAUAGAGCGGCAGCGGUAGGCACGUAAACACGAGUUUCCGCGUGUUGAAAAGUUUCCACGUGGGCAGCAACACGCUCAAAGGCGGAAGCUCGUUGAUGCUCAAAGCUAGAAUCAUGCGCAUAGGAGUGUUGCGCGGGAGGCUGCACACGCAGGCGAGUAGGGGGGCCAGACACAGACGGGCUCGAGAGCAAGCUACGCGAUGGCACAUGCUGUUGGGUGGGCCUGACGCUCAGGGUGCGAGCUCAGGUCGUGCAUGGACGCAUGCACGUGGGCAAGGGGUUCCAGAGCGGAGACAGUCAACUCUAGUGUCUUUUGCGUACGAGUAGUCGAGAUCGACCUAUUGUUCGUGUGGAACAUUGCUUGCACGGGUGCUUGUGAGCUGAAGCAGGUGAUCGCAAUUGAGUGGUGCUUCGGUUGGAACCGCAGGCUGGACAGGCGUAUUGGAGGCCGAGUGUUGCACAGGUGCAAGCAGGCGGGCCAUUUCUUGGAUGUUCCUUCUUGUUGGAAAGCCCUAGGUCCAGGCAAGGAAGCAAAGGGAUAUCUCUUUCUGUUUAGACAUUGUAAAUCUAGAUUAAGGUGAAAAUUAUUAAUAUUUUAUUUAGAUUUAAGUGUUUAGUUUAUGCUUUACUAUUUUGCUUCUUAAAUUAUUUUACUGUAAGUAGUAGUGUCUUGUAGGAGUUUGAUGGCGAAAAAUUGAAUAAACCCGAGUUUUAUUUUCCUCUAAAAUCCCUCUCUCCCUUCACUCUCUCUCUCAUUUCUCUCUCUCUCUCUCUCUCUCUCUCUCUCUCUCUCUCUCUCUCAAUGCCGGGUAGAGUUCGCGGGAAAUCUUAGACGAUGCCGGGACCGGCUACUGUGAUCCAUCCGCAGGUGAAGUCUCCGUUAAACGUAUCUGCUAAAUUCGUAGCUCGCCGACCGGACUCGCAUCUCCACCCGGCCAGACCGCUUCAGCCCCGCAGGCGGAUUAGGAAGCAUAGCUUUCCCCGUUCCAGCGCCGGCCGGAGGACGGAUGGCCCUUUGGCAAGUGGAAGGAGUGGCCCAGGGACGCCUCUUUUGCGAUGGAAGUUCGAAGAGGAGGAUUGUUCCUGUAGGCCCCUGUCUGAAGCCGGAGGUAACACGCCUCGGAAGGCCAGGAGUGCUCGCGGAAGGGAAAAGGAAGCCGUUUCGGCGAGGAAACUAGCUGCUGGGAUCUGGCAUUUGCAGCUCAAGGAGGUUACCUUGAGCAGAGGUAGUGGAAGGGAGGCGAGUGGUACUUUACUAGGUUUUGAGCAUGUUCGUGGAAAUUUACAGUCUCCACAUGCCUGCAAUGACAACAAUGCAAAUCUGCAUUUUAGUCUAAAUAAUGGGCUUUCAAGUUCUAUUCCUCAUAAACUUGCUUCUUCUGUAUUGCCUAAUCAUGCAAUGGAGAGGGCUACAAAGUGGGAUGCUGGGUGCCCGAGGACGUCUGAGGAGGUUUUCCAAAUCUUUAACCAGCUGAAGCUUCUUGAAGGUCAACAGGUCUCAACUGCUUCCAUGAUUUCUUCACUUCAAGCAGAGCUUAAAGGGGCUCAAUCUCGGAUCUAUGAACUUGAGGCAGAGCGGCAAUUAGUAAAAAAAAAGCUGGAUCGUUUCUUGAGAAAGCUUGCAGAAGAGAAGGCUUCAUGGCGCAGUAGAGAGCAUGAGAAGGUUCGGGCUAUAAUAGAUUCCAUGAAGAGUGAUCUGAGCAGGGAGAGAAAAAACCGUCAUCGGGGUGAAAUUGUCAACUCCAAGUUGGUGAAUGAGCUUGCAGAGGCCAAGUUGUCUGCAAAGCGGCUCAUGCAAGACUAUGAGAAGGAAAUGAAAGGAAGGGAGCUCAUGGAAGAGGUUUGCGAAGAGCUAGCAAAGGAGAUUGGAGAAGACAAAGCUGAGGUUGAAGCUUUGAAGAGGGACUCCAUGAAGAUCCGAGAGGAAGUGGAGGAGGAGAGAAAGAUGUUGCAAAUGGCCGAGGUCUGGCGUGAGGAGAGGGUUCAAAUGAAACUAUUAGAUGCAAAACUGGCUCUUGAGGAUAAGUAUUCAAAAUUGAGCAACUUGCAAGCUGAACUAGAAGCUUUCUUAAGAACCCAAACUAAUAAAAGUCCGGAAAAAUCACAUAUUAGACAAGCAAAGCUCCUCAAAGAAGCCAUAGAUUUGGUCAACGUUGAAGAAAUGAAGGAGUUCAGCUACCAACCUCCACCUGUUUCUGAGGACAUAUUUGCUGUCUUUGAAGAACUUCAGCCAAAAGAAGAAACCAAUGAGAGGGACAUUGAACUUUGUUACGCCUAUAGCCCUGCAAGUCGUGACUCUAACGUACAUUCUGUAAGUCCCGCAACUGAUGUCUUUUUAGAGAAACCUACAAGAAGAUAUUCCGACGGAGAUACAGAAGAAGAUAGUGAUUGGGAAACUCUUAGUCCUGAUGAAGAACAGGAAUUGAGCAAUUCUCCUGGAGGCAGCGAGCCUUCAGUGAAUGCAAGGUGUGAAGAAAACAAUGCAUCUGUGAGUGGAACGGACGGUCGAAAAAGCAGAGACAAUUGUGAAGAACAGAAUGAGAUUAGUGAGGUUUAUUCUCUGAAGAAGGGAUCCUCCAUAACUAGGCUGUGGAGAUCUUCAUGUCCGAAUAAUGGCGAAAUCCUCAAGAAAAGCUCAGUUGAAUUGUUAAAUGGAAGGCUUUCUGAUGGAAGAAUGUCGCCGCCGAGGAUAGAUCAGUGGAGUUCGCCGGAAUCUGUGAAUCCUCAAUUAGCCCGUGGGAUAAAGGGAUGCAUUGAGUGGCCGCGAGCUUCGCAGAAGCAGAGCUUAAAAGCAAAGCUGUUGGAAGCAAGGAUGGAGAGCCACAAGACUCAGCUACGCCACGUUCUCAGACAGAAAAUUUAGCACCAU